GGGCUGGGCCUAACGCAGACGCACCCGAAAAUGGCCCCUGACAAUUUCACGCGAAAAUAUCAUCCGUGGCUGGCGGACUAACCGCGAAGUUUCAUAACACACUAGACAGAUCUAUUAUUGCUAUUACAGAUCGUGUUUGGAUGCCUUAGAGUUUCUAUUGCUCGGUACAUUCUGACCUCCCGGACUAAAAAUUCAUCUUAUCGUUCAUUUUACCGUUCAUCUUACCCUUCGUCUUACGUUAAUUCCUCUUUGCCGUCACAUUUCCUAUUCACUAUAUACAACACAAUGCCCAAUGUACCUCUCAGAACGCGGACCGCGCCUCUGGCCCGGAAACCCGAAAUGUUUGAGGAGACUCUCGAUGAAAUUCCUAUCAAUGGGACCCAUAGAGCCUAUCCAGGCAUUAGACGGACCCACACACUACCAACGCGAAAGAAUCACAACAGCACCGACCACCUAACUUCCAGAAGCAACCUUCUUGAGGAGCCUUCGGCUUCAGCUUUGUCUCGCCAAAAAUCCUUCUCCAAACUCAACUCAAAACUCUCUCGCCUGAACUCCCAGGGCAGCGAGUGGAACCAGGGUCUCACACCGUCGCAGAAGCUCCGUCUUCGGCGCGCAAAGUUGAAUGAAAACAUCACAAAGCUCAUCAAGCACAACAAUUUCGAUGCGGACUUUUCGGAUGACGAAAUCGAAGGAGAUGUCACCAUGUUCAACGUACCGGUAUCGCGGACGUUGAGCGAGUUGCACCACAAGAAAAAGCUUGUCGCGGGCGGUGCGACCGCCCGCGCGUUGCCCCAUGGUUUCGUGCAAGCUGUCGCGCCACCCGAAGGUUUUACCUCACCGCAAGGUUUUACUAAAGGCACCGCCUCUACUCGCUCCUCGGGCGUCGCCUCUCGCUCCAGCCUUGCCACGGCCUCCAGCCGCCGCUCCAUCCUCAGCUCGCGCGGCGAGGUCGACUCAAUGUCCAGCGUCGAAGAUGUAGCGGAAACUACCGACUUGUUCCUCCGCGAGUUGCUGAGUCUUGACGACGACGCGCGUGAGCUCAGCGUGCUAUUCAACCGCUCGUCCAUGUUGACGAUCUCCGAAGAGUCCACGUUGCGCCAGAAUUAUUUGCGGAAGAUGAAUCGCAGCUUGUUCGAACACAACAACUCGGCCGUGGACUUGAGCGAUAUCUACAUUGACGAAAGCCGCAACAACAGCUUGAGCAACCUCCACUCCAGCGGUCAGGCUUUCCUGGCAACCUUCCAGGCAAACGGCAGUACUGACUCCUUGGGGAAGUCUAAGUACAUGACGCCAACCAGGCCGAGCUUCCUUCCGCCAAAGGCCAAGGACGAGUGCUCUAAGCACGACCGCGAGUACGACACGAUGUUAAGUGGGGCGUUGAAGAAGGAGCAAACGCUGCAUAACUUGAAGUUGGCCCAGUUGAAGAAGUGGGAGAAGCAGCGGGAACGCGACUCGAAGAAGUGGGUAGAGGAUGUUUUGCCAAAAUUCGAUAAGGCAGUGACAAGGACGUCGACUAGGGAAUUGUGGUGGCGGGGAAUUCCCGAGAAUCUCAGAGGACAGGUUUGGUAUAAGGUGAUUACCGGAAGCACUGCCAGAGUUGUGGACGAUGCUGGGGUCAGGAUCCAAGAUAGAACCAGUGGCAAUGGUCAAACGACAGGCGAGGCCUUAGGUUCCGCCCAAUCCACCAGCAAAGAUUCCAGCUUUGCCCGUUGCGACGAUCUCAUUUCUCGAUAUGAGCUCAACAACGGCAAUCCUAACGCCUCCCCUUCUGAUGUUCACUACAUUGAGACCGUCAUUCCCCAGCUCUCCCAUCAGCUCGCAGUGUCUUACCCUGAUCUCGCGCUCCUCCAGAGCCCUGCCUUCUUCAGAUCCGUUUUCCGGGUCACCCUCGCAUACCUCAUCCACUCGGGCGAUCCGCUUUUCCCUGGGCUCACAAACCUCGCAACGCUCCUCACGCACUACAUCCAGAAUCCCAGCCGUGCGCUCGUAGCACUCACCGCGCUUCUUGCCAGAAAGUUGCCACGCGCGUGUAUAACGUGUCUCGCCGCAAAUCCCGCGCCGUAUGCACGCGCUUAUCUCGAGACAGAAGCCGCAUCCUUCGAUAAAGUCUUCCGCGAGAAGAACGAGCGCUUACAGCGUCACUUCCAAAUCAUCGGCUUGACCAGCGUCGAGCUUUUCACAACAUUGCUUCCGGGUUUUUUCACAAACAAUUUGCUCGCCAUGGACGUCACUGCGCGCCUCAUCGACAUUGGAAUCUUCGAAGGCAGCGCCUUCAUGAUGCGAUGUAUCAUGGGACUCUUUGCGAAGAUUGACUACAAGCUCUUUGGGGACAAGGACGAGGUGUUAGCGGUAUUGGGAGGUAACUAUAGGGAGACCGGACAAGCGUGGAAGUAUCUCGAUGUGGGGUUUGAGGACGAUUUCGUGGCCCUGGUUCGGAGUGUGUUGAAAAAAAAGUAAUGAAAAGUAAUGAUUGUGUUUAUAACUAUGGUCAUGAGGAGAUUCGGGGUGAAAUGUAGGGGAUUAACGGUACGUUGCGACCAGCAUGAUGUAGAUACAGGUGAGAAGUGAAUAUGAUUAGGCUACGGCUUUCUUAAAUUAGGCUUUUACUAGCUAUUGCUA